GAGAGACGGAGAGAGAGGGAGGGGUUUUGUCAGUGCCGAGAGCGAGAGACAGAGACAGAGAGAGACAGAGGGAGGAGAAACAAAGAAAGAAAAAAGAACGCGCAAAUAGAAAGGAAAAGAAAGCUGCAGCAGCUGCUAAUCACUCAGCAGAACUUUUCUCUUUCUUUCACUCUCUUUUCACUCGUCCACACGGACGCUAAGUCUACUGUGGAAAAGCUAUAACAGAGUUCGACGAGGUAGACAAAACCGUUUCUCUUUCUGCUGUCUAUCCGCCCGCCUUACCUUCUCUCUUAUAUGUUUUCUUUCUGAAACGGUGUUUUGGUGGAGGGGGCAGCUCACUCAGUUAACUCGGACCGAGUUAUGGGUUGUUGCCAAUCUUCCUUCUUUGAAGUACGUGUUCCGGAGGAAAAAGCCUCUAACAACCACAACAACCACCACCACCAGAAUCACCACCCUUGCCAUCCGUCCAAUGGCACCGAACCUAGCACUGCUGCCUCCGGAGGCAUCCCCUCUUUCAUUGAGUUUUCCUUAGCUGACCUAAAAGCCGCUACCAACAACUUUAGCCCUGAGUUCAUCGUUUCUGAAAGCGGUGAAAAGGCGCCCAAUGUCGUAUAUAAAGGCCGCCUACAGAAUCAGGACAAUCGCACUUGGAUCGCUGUUAAGAAAUUUACAAAACUUGCCUGGCCUGAUCCCCAGCAGUUCGCUGAUGAGGCCUGGGGUGUUGGGAAGUUGAGGCACAAGAGGCUAGCUAAUUUGAUAGGGUACUGCUGCGACGGGGACGAAAGGCUAUUGGUGGCGGAGUACAUGCCCAAUGAUACCCUUGCCAAACAUUUAUUCCACUGGGAAAACCAAACCAUCGAGUGGGCCAUGCGUUUAAGAGUUGCUCUGUAUAUCGCUGAAGCUUUAGAUUAUUGUAGUUCUGAAGGUCGUCCAUUGUACCACGAUUUAAAUGCUUAUAGGGUUCUUUUUGACGAGAAUGGUGAUCCUCGGCUUUCGUGUUUUGGCUUGAUGAAAAAUAGUAGAGAUGGAAAAAGUUACAGCACAAAUCUUGCUUAUACACCCCCCGAGUAUUUAAGAAAUGGAAGGGUCACUCCUGAAAGUGUCAUUUUCAGCUUUGGGACUGUCCUCUUGGAUCUUCUCAGCGGAAAGCACAUCCCUCCUAGUCAUGCUCUUGAUAUGAUACGGGGGAAAAACAUCCUUCUCUUAAUGGAUUCACAUUUGGAGGGAAACUUUUCAACUGAAGAGGCAACAGUGGUCUUUGAUCUUGCUUCACGAUGUUUACAAUAUGAACCUAGAGAGCGGCCAAAUACCAAGGACCUGGUUGCAACAAUUGAGCCUCUGCAAAAUAAACCCGAUGUUCCGUCUUAUGUGAUGCUUGGAAUUCAAAAGCACGAGGAAGCGCCGCCUACACCACAACACCCUCUUUCUCCAAUGGGUGAUGCAUGUUCACGAAUGGAUCUCACAGCUAUCCAUCAGAUCUUGGUCAUGACGCACUACAAGGAUGAUGAAGGAACAAAUGAGCUAUCAUUCCAAGAGUGGACCCAACAAAUGAGAGAUAUGUUGGAGGCAAGAAAGCGUGGAGACGUAGCAUUUCGUGACAAAGAGUUUAAAACUGCAAUAGAGUGUUAUUCUCAGUUCAUAGAUGUCGGAACAAUGGUUUCUCCAACUGUUUAUGCACGGAGAAGUCUUUGCUAUCUUUUAUGUGAUCAACCAGAUGCUGCCCUCCGAGAUGCUAUGCAAGCACAAUGUGUAUACCCUGAAUGGUCUACAGCAUUUUACAUGCAAGCAGUCGCCCUUGCCAAGCUAGAUAUGCAUAAAGAUGCAACUGACAUGUUGAAUGAGGCUGCUGCCCUAGAAGAAAAAAGGCAACGUGGCGGAAGAGGAUCUUGAGGAGCGACUUUGUAAUAAUUCUUUUGUACUUCGUAGGUGAAUUGUUGUGGUGGUUGUAGCAAAAAUUUGGGGUUAGUGUAAUGAAAAUGUAGAAAUUUGGUUCUCAUCCAAAAUGUAACAUAAUAGUGGGAGGGAGGGGGAGACGGAGAGGUGGUCCUUCUGUUCUGUACUGGCUGUUGCAAUGUGGUUCUUGUUUUUGCCUCCAAAUUGGAUGAAAUAAAAAUUUGAUUCCACUUCAA